AUGCGUUCUGUGAUUGACAUCUGCCAGGAGGUCAUCAAGCAGUCCAAUGUGCAGAUCCUUGUGCCCCCCGCACGCCCCGACAUUAUGCUCUUCCGUCCGGGGGCUGCUGACCUCGGCUUCCCUCUUGACAUGACCAACGGUGCCACUUUGGCACCCAAUGGCAACGGCAUUGCUGGCAUGCCUGAAGACGAGGCCACGCGGGCUGCGCUCACUGCGGCGCAGUCCUCCCUACCUGUUCUGCAGGGUGUGGACCGCCUGCCCAUGGUGGCAGGACCUCUGUCCCCACCACUGCUGGCCUCGCCCUUCCAGAAUGUUGCUGCUAGUGCCCCCACUUUAAGCACCAAGAGGGGCAGAGGGCGUCCCCGAAAAGCCAAUCUCUUGGACUCCAUGAUGUUUGGUACCCCAGGGGGCCUGCGAGAGGCUGGUAUCCUGCCUUGUGGCCUCUGUGGGAAAGUAUUUACGGAUGCUAAUCGUCUUCGUCAGCAUGAGGCUCAACAUGGGGUGACAAGCUUGCAGCUGGGCUACAUAGACAUCCCACCCCCAAGACUGGGUGAAAAUGGUGUCCCUGGUCAGGAUGACCCUGAUGCACCCCGAAAAAGAAGCAGGACGAGGAAACAGGUGGCCUGUGAGAUCUGUGGCAAGAUUUUUCGGGACGUGUACCACCUGAAUCGGCACAAGCUGUCACACUCUGGCGAGAAGCCUUACUCUUGUCCAGUGUGUGGCUUACGGUUCAAGCGGAAAGACAGGAUGUCCUAUCAUGUUCGAUCUCACGAUGGCUCUGUGGGAAAGCCCUACAUCUGCCAGAGCUGUGGAAAAGGCUUUUCCAGGCCAGACCACUUGAAUGGACACAUCAAACAGGUGCAUACCUCAGAGAGACCUCACAAGUGUCAGGAAAAUGGCAGCCACCAUGGAAUAAGCUCAGAGACAUCCACAUCCAUAGAAAAGUUGAAACUUCAAGAGACUUGUAAUGCUUCCUUUGCCACUCGUGACCGACUGCGCUCACACCUAGCAUGUCAUGAAGACAAAGUUCCAUGCCAGGUGUGUGGGAAGUACUUGCGAGCCGCAUAUAUGGCAGAUCAUUUGAAGAAACAUAGUGAAGGACCAAGCAAUUUCUGCACUAUCUGUAACCGAGGUUUCUCCUCUGCCUCCUACUUAAAGGUCCAUGUUAAAACCCACCACGGUGUUCCCCUUCCCCAGGUCUCCAGGCACCAGGAGUCCAUCCCGAAUGGGGGAGCAGCGUUCCACUGCGUCAGGACCUAUGGCAUCAAAGGCCAGAAAUGUUCACAUUCGGACCCGAUUGAGAGUUCUGAUUCAUACGGAGACCUCUCUGACACCAGUGACCUCAAGACUCCUGAGAAACAGAGCACCAAUGGGUCCUUCUCGUGUGACAUGGCAGUCAGCAAAAACAAAAUGGAGACGGAAGGAGAGAAGAAGUACCCUUGCCCUGAAUGUGGCAGCUUUUUCAGAUCAAAGUCUUAUCUGAACAAACACAUACAGAAAGUUCAUGUCAGGGCCCUUGGUGGCCCAUUGGGGGACCUCGGUCCUGCUCUAGGAUCCCCCUUUUCACCCCAACAGAACAUGUCUCUCCUGGAGUCAUUUGGGUUUCAGAUCGUCCAGUCAGCAUUUGCAUCAUCCCUAGUGGAUCCAGAGGUCGACCAGCAACCAAUGGGGCCAGAGGGGAAAUGAGAUGAGUUUGAUCUUAACAAAGCAAAGCAGCAGUCUGGCUAUAAUGAUAAGAUGCUGUGAAUGAAAGAGGAAAUAAUGAAAUUCGGUUCUAUAGCUGAGAAUUUUUUAUUCAUUUUAGCUUCCCUCUUUGUCUCAUGCCCUACCCCACCUUUAAACCUUCACUGAGGAGAGGGAGAAAAUGCUUCUUAGCUGACAAAU